AGGGAAGGUAGAAAACAAGGCAAAAUGUCGGCUUUUUUGCAGUGUAUCGAAGUGGAAAACUUCAAGUCCUACCGGGGACGCACAACGAUUGGACCGUUGAAGCGUUUUUCUGCUGUUAUUGGCCCCAAUGGAUCUGGAAAGUCUAACUUCAUGGAUGCUAUCAGCUUUGUGAUGGGGGAGAAAACGAGCAGUCUCCGUGUUCGGAAGCUAACGGAACUCAUAAACGGUGCCUCGAUUGGGCGCCCCAUCUCGAACCGUGCAUCGGUGAUGGCGAGAUUUAUCAUCACGAGCGAAACGGAAGGUGAAGUCGAGAAAACGUUUCAACGAUCCGUCAUUAAUGCGUCCUCCGAGUAUCGUAUCAACGGUUCGGUCGUGACUCCCCAGCACUACCUGGCGGAGCUAGAGAAGCUAGGCAUCAAUGUGAAGGCGAAGAAUUUCCUCGUAUUCCAGGGAGCGGUAGAAACCAUUGCGAUCAAGAAUGCGAAGGAACGUACCGCACUGUUCGAGGAGAUCAGCGGAUCGGGUUUGCUGAAGGAGGAAUACAAUCGUCUAAAGCACGAGAUGCAAAUGGCCGAAGAGGAAACACAAUUUACCUAUCAGAAGAAAAAGGGUAUCGCUGCCGAACGCAAGGAAGCGAAACUGGAAAAGCAAGAAGCCGAUCGAUAUCAGAGCCUCAAGCAAGAAUGUAGCGAAAAGCAGGUCCACUAUCAGCUGUUCCGUCUGUUCCACAAUGAGAAAGAAUCGAAACGCUUGAAGGAAGAUCAAAUCAGCAAACAGCAAGAGCUAAACAUCAUCGAAAAGCGAAAGGAGGAAGCGGACGAAGUUUUGAAGGAUAAAAAGAAAGAGGCUGGCAAGAUGUCUCGCGAAACGGCCAAAAAGGAGCAGGAAAUACGUGAGGUAGAGGCAGAAAUGAGCAAGCGUCACCCGAUGUUCAUUAAAGCGAAGGAAAAGGUAAUGCACACCCAGAAAAAGCUUGACGGAGCAUUGAAAACGCUCGAGCAAGCACGCCGAGCCGAUGAAGCGCACCAGGCCGACAUAAAAAAGCUGGUGGAUGAACUGCACGAGGUGGAGAUGAAGCGUGCGGCAUUUGAAAACGAGGUGGCCGGUGAAUCGAAGAAGCGUGGCAGCAAUGUCCAUCUCGAGCAAGAUCUGGUCCAGGAGUACGACCGGUUGAAGCAGAAAGCGGACGCUACGUCCGGCAAACAUCUGAUCCAUCUUGAUUCGGUAAAUCGGGAACAAAAAUCAGACCAGGAUUUGCUUGACAGCGAAAUCAACAAGAAGACCCAGAUCGAGGAGAAUUAUAAAAAGAUUGAAUCGGAAAAGAAUGAAGCGCUCAAGCGCCAAGAAAAACUAAUCGAUCACAUCAAAAUUAGCAAGGCGGGGCUGGAGGAACAGGGACGCAUCAAGGCGGAACUGAGCCAGGACGUAGGCACCUCGAAGGUGCGCAUUCACGAGAUUCAAACCGAGCUGGACAAUGUGCGCGAACAGCUGGGUGAUGCAAAAAUCGACAAACACGAAGAUGCUCGGCGCAAGAAGAAGCAGGAAGUGGUUGAGCUGUUUAAGCUGGAAGUGCCGGGCGUUUAUGAUCGCAUGAUCAACAUGUGUCAGCCGACCCACAAGCGCUACAACGUGGCGGUAACGAAGGUGCUGGGCAAGUACAUGGAAGCGAUCAUUGUGGACACGGAGAAAACGGCCCGCCGCUGUAUUCAGAUACUAAAGGAGAAAAUGUUGGACGUGGAAACGUUCCUGCCGCUUGAUUACAUUCAGAAGAAACCGCUCAAAGAGCGUCUCAGGAACAUUGCAGAGCCAAGAAAUGUGAAGCUGAUUUACGAUGUGUUGAAGUUCAGUCCACCGGAAAUCGAACCGGCCGUCCUGUUUGCUACGAACAAUGCACUCGUAUGCGAGACACCGGACGAUGCGAUGAAGGUGGCGUACGAAAUCGACCGCAGCCGGUACGAUGCAUUGGCGCUGGAUGGUACGUUCUACCAGAAGUCGGGCAUUAUCUCGGGCGGCAGCCACGAUCUGGCCCGCAAGGCCAAGCGGUGGGACGAAAAGCAUAUGGCACAGUUGAAGCUGCAGAAAGAAAAGUUCACCGAGGAGUUGAAAGAGGUGAUGAAAAAAACUCGUCGCCAGGGUGAGCUAACGACGGUAGAAAGUCAAAUACGUGGGCUGGAAAAUCGACUCAAGUACAGCCAAAAUGAUCUGGAAACGUCGAAAAAGAAUAUUAAUGAGUAUGACAGGCAGUUGGCAGAUUUUACCCGUCAGCUGGAUCAGAUUGGUCCGAAAAUAAGCGAAAUUGAGCGACGAAUGCAGCAGCGCGACUUGAAGAUACAGGACAUCAAGGAAAACAUGAACAACGUAGAGGACGAUGUGUACGCAGAGUUUUGUGCACGCAUCGGAGUAGCCAACAUACGCCAGUUCGAGGAGCGUGAGCUGGUACUGCAGCAGGAACGUGCAAAGAAGCGGGCCGAAUUUGAACAACAGAUCGAUCGCAUUAACAACAAUCUGGAGUUUGAACGGUCGAAGGAUACGUCGAAAAAUGUGCAGCGUUGGGAAAGGGCGGUGCAGGAUGACGAGGAUUCAUUGGAGACUUACAAGCAAACGGAAGCUCGACAGCGCCUAGAGUUACAGAAGGAUAAAGAUAUGAUAGAAUCGAUGAAGCAGGAGAAAGCUGCCCACAAAAUCAAGGCCGAUCAGAAGGAGGAAGAAGUAGCAAAGGCUAGGCGGGAAGUACAGACACUGGCCAAGGAACUGGCCGCAAUUCAGCAAAGCAUUGCUAACAUAGAUUCUCGAAUGGAAACAAUGAAAAGCAAGCGCCACAACAUAUUAAUGCAGGCCAAAAUGGAUGCGAUUGAGAUACCGCUUUUGCAAGGUUCUAUGGACGACAUCGGGCAACAGCAGACAGCGCAGCCGACAGGUGUUGGACAGGGUGGAGACAACCCUGCCGACGGUACGGGCGGUGGGUCAGCGUAUGAGCGUGAAAGCCGAAUCGAAAUAGAUUACCGGAAGCUCGAACAUCAUCUAAAGAAUCUGUCCGAUCCGGAUCAGAUUAAAAAGAGCGGCGAUAUGCUAGCGAAGGAACUGCAGGCCAAGCUGGACACGCUCGAAAAGAUUCAAACGCCCAACAUGAAAGCGAUGCAAAAGCUGGAUCGGGUGACGGAAAAAAUCCAAUCGACGAACGAAGAGUUCGAAGUGGCCCGUAAAAAGGCGAAAAAGGCAAAGGCAGCAUUCGAAAAGGUGAAAAACGAACGCUGUACACUGUUCACCAACUGCUGUAAUCACAUCUCCGAUGCGAUCGACGCCAUCUACAAACAGUUGUCAAGAAAUGAGGCUGCCCAGGCGUACCUCGGCCCAGACAACCCCGAAGAACCGUACCUCGAUGGCAUUAACUACAAUUGCGUUGCUCCUGGCAAACGUUUCCAGCCGAUGAGCAAUCUGAGCGGUGGUGAAAAAACGAUUGCCGCACUUGCACUGCUGUUCGCUAUUCACAGUUUCCAGCCGGCACCAUUUUUCGUGCUGGACGAAAUUGAUGCGGCUCUCGACAAUACGAACAUCGGGAAGGUGGCGUCGUAUAUACGUGAAAAAACGACCAACCUACAGACGAUCGUGAUCUCGCUGAAGGAGGAAUUUUACUCGCACGCUGAUGUACUGAUCGGUAUCUGUCCGAAUCCGGCCGAUUGUCUCGUAUCGCAAACAUUGCUCUUUGAUUUGGAACAGUACGAGCAUCGUAAUGAGUACUAGA